AUGAAGAAGAUGAUGAAGAUUGAUGAAAUCGGUGGUGGUUCGUGGUGGUCGGCUGCAAAAAGAGAGAAGGAGAAGAGAAGGGGGGCGGCUGAGAGGAAAAAGGAGGAGGGAGAAAGGGUUAAACCUUGUGAUAUAUGUGGUGACAUUGGUGUCGUUGAAGCUAUUAUUACGUGUUGUGAGUGUAAAGCUUCCCGUGAGCAUCUCUACUGCAUGAGGGUGGUUAGGACAGAAGUGCCACCAUUUUGGACUUGUCUUGAAUGUGAGCAAAAAAAGUUAAUUUCGCCGUUUACUUCUGAUGAGCAAAAGCUUGAAACGCCAACCAAAAAUGUCUUGAGCUCACCAGGGAAAAGCGCCCGGGUCUUAGAAGGCCCAAAGAGACCACUUUUAGCUAGCCGGUUUCAUUUCAAGGAGAAAAGAGUUGACACGGGAAGGACACAAUAUCUUAGUUGUGAAGAAGCUACAAAGCUUUCUACAGGUUCCAAUAAGCGUUCAAAAACUCCUUUACGCUCUGUUCAUGGAUCACCAAAAUCUAUGCCACCACCAUGUGAAAGGACACCAGUUAAGUCACCAAUACGUGAAAGGACAACACAACAUGAAAGGAGUAAAUCUCUUGAACCAGAGUUGAAGCAACCAUUUCGUCAACAAUCAGCAAGCCCAAAUGGAAAAGCUGUCAUGCCUUUCACAAACAAACAUGAUGCUACCCCCUCUAUCAAGUCCCCUGAACGUGCAAGGACACCUAUUGUAUCACCAUCGUGUGAAAGGGCUGCUAAGUUUGAGCCACAUCUGCAGCAACUCAUUGUUCAACAAUCAACUUGCCUGAAAGAAAAAGUUGUCUUGUCUUUCCAUAAUAAGGGUUGUGCUGCACGGUAUACCAAGUCUCCUGUACGUACAAGGACAAUGGCAGAAUUACAACAAGAAGAAGAAACUAUUAAAGUUAAGUCAGAUUCGCAAAAACAUGUUGUUCAAAAAUCAACUAGACCAAAAGGUGAAACUCUGUCUAUAUUUUAG